CUUGUGGGUACCAGGCGGGCGGCCGAGACUGAGAAGGGCGCGUACCCCGAUCGUUGGCCCCGCCCUCAAGCCCGGCCGUUGGAGGACAGCGCUUCCACUGCUUUGGGAGUGUUUGCCACCGACGUCGGGUCUCCCUGCUGGAACGUCCGCAUCGCUUUCUACAGCGCUUGCCCCGGCAGGGAUGGGCGCCAAGGUCUGGCUGCCCUGCCUCGUGCUCCUCCUGGCUGCACUGCUGCCGGGGGCGGCCGGCUUCGCGCCCUCCUUGGACAGCGACUUCACCUUCACCUUGCCUGCCGGCCGGAAGGAGUGUUUUUUCCAGCCCAUGCCCUUUAAGGCCUCGCUGGAAAUCGAGUACCAGGUUUUAGACGGAGCAGGAUUAGAUAUUGAUUUCCAUCUUGCCUCUCCAGAAGGAAAAACCUUAGUUUUUGAACAAAGAAAAUCAGAUGGCGUUCACACUGUAGAGACUGAGGUCGGAGACUACAUGUUCUGCUUUGACAAUACAUUCAGCACCAUUUCUGAGAAAGUGAUUUUCUUUGAGUUAAUCCUGGAUAAUAUGGGAGAGCAGGCACAGGAGCAAGAAGACUGGAAGAAGUAUGUCACCGGGACAGAUUUGCUGGAGAUGAAACUGGAAGACAUCCUGGAGUCCAUCAACAGCAUCAAGUCCAGACUAAGCAAAAGUGGCCACAUACAGACUCUGCUUCGAGCCUUUGAAGCUCGCGAUCGGAACAUCCAAGAAGGCAACUUUGACAGAGUCAACUUCUGGUCUGUGGUUAAUUUAGUGGCCAUGGUGGUGGUAUCGGCCAUCCAGGUCUACAUGUUGAAGAGUCUAUUUGAGGAUAAGAGGAAAAGUAGAACUUAAGUCUCGAAAAUGUGAUUCACUGUUACGGUCAAGACCAUUAAUUGCCCUUUCCAAAAUGCUUUCAGGUACCAGGUGUAAGACAAGCAAAAUUUGAAUGUGAAAGGAGGUCUUCACCUUCUGUGCAAGUGGUGGACCCAGUUGUGCUUCUGUGUGUAAGAGGAUAUUUUAUAAAAUGUAGGUUUUAAUUGAAUGAAGAUGAAUUAAUAACUGCAUUUUACAAAGCUUGAAAAAUUUGGUGAGUGGAAAAAAAACGAGCACUGGGCCUAAUCUAAAUGCAAUACCAAACAAUCUACUUUUAUCCAGAAAUUUCUCUGUAAAAUGUGCCAAUUGCAAGUUAACUGUGGAAGUUCUCAAUACAGUAAGUUAGAAAUCAUUGGGAAUUAGGUAAUCAUGGACUGAUUCUGCCAGCUUUCUUCUGUUUAUGUAUCUUCUGAAGAUAACUAGAAGCAGAGCUUUGAAAUGAAGUAACAUUUUUGAUAUUUUUAAACCAAAUAAAUUAACAAUGUAAACCAUUAGCAAAAAAAAAAAAAAUAGUAGUUUUACAUACUUAGUUUAUAAUCCCAAAAACUGACAUUUUGAUAAUCCUUAAAACUGUAAAGUCAUUCUUACUAAAAUUAGGACAGAUUUUUCUCUUUGGAAUGUAUAUACUUAAAGGUUUAUCCAAAGUAAAGAUAUAUAAAGGCUCAGUCUCUGAAAAUAAAAUAUAAUCUACUAGACCUUAAGGUAUAGGACUUUAAAGUUAAAUAUGAGAUAAAAUUUAUUUUUAUAUUGUGUCACCAGUGUUGGCUUUAACAUGAUUAUUGACUUUGAUAAUACAUCGUUACCAGCAGUUGUGCAGAAAAUACUCAGAGGAUCUGGGCCUAGUGUAAAUACCUCCUUUUCAAGAUCUCAGAACUAUCAGAAACAAUAAAAAAGAACUGAGGCAAAUCUGAAUACCUGAUCUGAAGUUCACCUAAGCAUCGGGAUGGAUGGGCUCAUCCUUAUCUCUAGGAAACUAUUUGGCUGUUGUGGGGUUUUUGCUGUUUAUUCUCUUUCAAGUUACUGUCGUAAGUAUCGUACAUUUUAUGAAAUGUAAGCCCUACUGUAAGAUUUAGCACAGGGUAUGCAAGCUUAUUACAGUAUUUUUGUAACUUUAAUAAAAUGGUCAGUCUAUGAGGGAUUAGAAACAGAAUCCCGAAUUAAAAACACCUAAUAUGUAAAUAAGCCAUAGACACAUAAAAACUCUCCAUCUAGUUUAUUGUAAUCUGUAGUCUGUAGACUUACUCAAAUACUAGUAAUCUCUAACUUCAUCAUGAAUGAAAUUUUAGUUACACAUUUUUAGUAUAACUGCAUUGUGAGUAAGAAACAGGUUGGGUAUGUUGCUGUAAUUCUUGAUAAGCAAUAAUGGUACCCAGAGAAGUACAAUGACUUCAUCUGCAGUUUACACUCACUUCUACAGAAAGACCUUCCCCCCUCUGUAGGCCCCUUGGAGAACAGAAGGUUUUAUUUCCCUAUUCUGAGGCUUUUACCAAAUGAGAUAAAUGCCAGAUGGAUCAUUUGCCUUCCUGGGCCAAGAAGACAUGUCACGUCAGGUACCUAGGAAAUCCCCUUGGAACAGGGGCCUGUGAAGAGCCUCCCUUUUCCUUUAGGGAAGCAGAUCUACAGUACCAGAGUUAAUAAGGCAGGGCACAGAUAGGAGCUACACGUCUUCUAUGAAGCUGUGAUUGAGAACUCUACCUCUUCCCCAUGGCUGUUACUGUGCUAGAGUCCCUUACGUAGCCUGUGUGUGAGACUAGUGCCACUGUUUAAACCUACAGUUCAGUGACUUCCUACUAUAUGAGACCAACAGUGGCUUUACUUAGAAAACAAAGAAAAACCUUGUUGUGUGUAUUAACCAAGAAGGUAAAAUUUGUAAACAACAAAAAUCUUCAGUAUUUUUAAAGGCAUAUUUACUUGAUGUUUUUUAAAGUUAAAUUAAAGUUAGGCUAAAAUCAAGUAAGCUACUUACCACAUGAGAGGUGAUUUUGUUUUUGGCUGUUGAUUAUAUAAAAUUAAACUAUUUUAGCUAAAACCUAGAGUUCAUUCUGAUUUGUAUGUGGAUCAGUAAGAAUGGACUGUUCUUUCACAUGAACGUCAACACACACAGUAGUAAAUGCUUGAAAACAGCACUGCAAUUAUAAAUUGAACUGUAAUUUCCUGUUGAGUAUAUUUACCCUUAAACACUGUCUUAAAAACAUGUACGUGUAAUUAUGUACCUCAAGUGAAAAUUCUUUGAAGCUGUGAGAGAAGCUAGUUCAGCAGGUAAUAGUUUUUCUAGCUGGUGUGACAACUGGUGAACAGUCUCCCACAAUAAAAAUCACUGUUAAAGGAAACCUUACCUGCGGUCAUGAAUACUGUUGCUUCCUUCCCUUGAUCUCAGUCCUGCGCGUGCUUUCUGUGUCUGUCACACCACUUCUGUGUUGUUCUUUUGAUCUCUUGCCCAAACACACAUUGUCCCUAAAGAUCGUCAGUUCCAAGUCUGGAUGGUGAGCAAGCACUCGGGGAUCUUGUUCACUCAUCUCCACCCCAGGGUUCCAUUUUGUGCAGUGCAAAUGUCUUCAUUCUCUAGGUCUGGAAUAUGGCUUGGGAACCCUAAUAUUUACCCAACAUAAAGUGGAAUUGUGUCGGAUGUUCUUGGAUGAUUGACAAUUCGGUGGCUUUUGGAAAUCAAAAUUCCUUUGAGCAUGUUUCUUCAUUUGCAGAAAUAUUUUUAAAGUACAUCUUAAAGCUUGUUAAAGUAGCACAGGAGCCUGCGUGUAGUGGUGCCUGUAACGCCAGCAUGCUGGAGGCAGGAGAAGUUCAAGGCAGGAGACCCUGUCACAACAUGUGUAACAGUGACUGGUGUGUCACUGGUGGUUUCUUUCACAAUGCCUAGACAAGCCGCUUACCCACAAUCCUUCGGCACCUGUCUGCUUCCGUGGUUUUUAGUUGUCUGGAUACCUGAAAGGCCAUGUGAGAAACCAGAGCAGACUAUCCAAGGAACUUCCAGAAGAAGGGCACAGACUGGGGAGUCCAGACUUGGAGUGUUUACAUUAGAGGGAUCUUAACAUUCAAAAGAAAAUCCAGGGCAGGAGAAAAACCACCAUGGAAGUUCUUCACCAAACAUGACCAAUGGUUAAAAAAAACUAAUGUGACAAUCCUGCUAUUACUCAAGUUUUUAACAGGGUUAGAUGUACUGGUGUGUCUUCUAUAGAAGAGAAAUGAACAGAACCAGUGAGCCAACACUGAUUUAUGAAUUCCUUUCCAAAGAAAGGCACCAUUCCCGGAUCUUGGAGCUUUUCUAAGUGCCACAAUGAUGAGAUGCUGUGAAAGGGUUUAUUCUGUAUUCACCAUUGAGUGGGAGUCUGGACUCCCCUUUUGCCUUGAUUUCAAUUCUAAAAGGACUAGUAAUGCCAUCUGCAGAAGAAAGCUGAAGGAGAAACAACCACAUACGUUUUAGAACUGAUUUACAAACUCCCACUCACGGCUGGUGGAAUUUAAGAUAGUCACUCUGGAAAGUAUUGCUGGCAUAAAAACGUGCAACCCAGCAUUUGUACUCAGGCAUUUAUCUCUGAGAUGAAAACGUUCAAAUAAAGCCUGCAUACAAACUUAUAAAGCAGCCUCAUCCGUGACAGCAAUAAAAACAACACAAGUGGAUGAGUAGAUUUUAACAUGGAAUACUAUGCAGUGAUUAAAAAGAAAAUUUUUUGUGUGGUGCUGGGGAUAGAACACAGGGACCUGUACAUGCUAGGCAAGUGCUCUACCAUUAAGCUACAUCCCUAUCCUACAACAAACAUGCAACAGAUGGGCCUCAAAAAAGGAAUUACAUUUAGUGACUUAAAAGUCAACCUGAAAAAUGUGAUUUCUAUUUAUGUAACAUUCUUGAAAUAAUAGGAAACAAAUGGGUGGUUACAAGGAGACCAGGAUGGAAGGUAGAGAUUAGAGAUAGCUUGUUUAUGACACAAACCUUCACAAGCCCAGACACCUGAAAACGGACGCGGAAGCAGAAAUGCCUGAGGAUUUCCACCGCCGGGGGUAAGAGAGGUGUGCACAGGUGGAGUAAAGGCAGGCUUUUGUAGAGCAGCUCUGCACAAUGAGUGGUUACACAAGUUGCAGAGAACCGUUUCACACACAUGUACUUGUGAAACGGGUGAGAUCUGAGUAAGCUGUGGGCUGUGCCAACACCAGUUUUCUGGACUUAAUACUGUACUGUGCAAAAUGUCACCACUGGGAGAAACUUCCUGUGCUUUUUUACACAGGAAUCUUGUGAAUCUGUAAUUACUCCGUAGUAAAAUUUUGAAAAUAAAAUGCUGAAGCCUCUAUUUUAUAACUGAAACCGACACUAGUGUUGGUACACACAUAUUUUUGAAUGAGUAAAAUAACUUCAUAAUAAAACCAAAAUAUCAGUGCAAACUCACUUUAUGUGCUAGUUUUUAGUUACUGUAAGUAUAAAGGACAUACUGUGUUCUUCAGGGGGCUUUCAUCACAGAUGAUGAAAGAAAACUCAAACCCUCUCCCUUUUUGAAGCAGUUCCAUAUUCUGUGCAUUGUGAUGAGGUCUGCCGGGGUUAGACCUGCCAUUACUAAAAGUGGGUGCUGCAACUGUGCCACAGAAGACAUUUGUUUCCCACAUUGUAGUCAAUGCCCUGUGAUCUCAACAGAGAAGUCAGCCUUGACUUUUCGAAGUUGACUUUUCCACGGACAGUCCUGGCAUACAGGUGCAUUUUUGACACAGUAACAUUAACUGCUUCACCUGUAGACAGUUUGGCUGAAGACCUGAGUUCAGGCAGACUCAGCACACGCAAGAUCAAAUGCUACAAAUCUUAAACGUCAAGGGACACAAGCUCUUAAAAUGUGCUGGCAGAUAUUCCUUGGUCACAGAGCCAAAGAGAAAGAACAGAGAGUGUGUUUAGCCUGAGGACCAGAAAAAGACUGGACAGUACCAAGCUGAUAGCCUGAGACUUAUCACAGCCCACGGGAGUUCAGUACUUACAUCCCACAGCAAGAUUUUAGCAUAAGAAAACUUUUGAGAACUAAGUCCAGUACUUGAAGAGUAGCCAAGGCAACUGAGAAGCCCAAGUAUCCAGGAAUUACUGACAACUUAUCUUCCCAGCCUGACUAUGCAGCUCCUGCUCCAGGAAGUUCUGCACUCUCACUCACGUGGUGUGCUGUCCUCACCAUCUCAUGAGUGGAGACCACGCCUCAGAACUCUUAAGGUAGAGAGUGGGUGUAUUUUAUCACACCUAACAAUGCCUCAUCUGUUUGCUUGCUUGCUUGAGACAGUUUUCUGUACAGUCCAGGCUGGUCUCAAACCCAAGAUCUUCCUGGCUCCAGCCUCCCAAGUGCUGGGAUUACAGACAUGCAUCACAAUACCCAGACAUAGUAUUUCUUUGAUACAAAAAUGAAACACAUUAAGUAAAAACAGGAAUUAUCAGGCGCUGGUGACUCACGCCUGUAAUCCCACCUACUCAGGAGGCAGAAA